AUGCUCCCCACAGACGGCCAGACGGCCGUCAUCCAAUCCAGUAUACCUUCCGCUCCCAACCGUCUCCCACUCAUUGUCGCCCACGGUCGUCGUCCUUUGCCGCCUUUGCCCUCACCCCACCAUGUGCGUGUACGUGUGCUGGCAGUCGGUCUCAAUCCAACCGACUACAAGAUGGUGACCCACUUCUUCAUGCAGGACAACACCGCCGGGUGUGACUUCUGUGGUGUCAUCGUCCAAGUUGGUCCCGAGUCGGCACUGGGUCUGGGUCUCCGCGUCUGCGGCGCUGACUUCCCCUACCGACCCAGCAAUCCCUACAAUGGCGCCUUUGCAGAGUACGCCAUAGCCGACGCCCGCCAUCUAUUGCGCAUCCCAGACUCUGUCUCGGACCUGCAGGCCGCUGCCAUAGGUGCUAUUGGCUGGGGCACGGCUGCUUUGGCCAUGUCUGACCCUACCGCCUUAAACCUGCCCGGACUGCCCUCAAAACCAGAUGCAAGGCAUCUCCCUGUCUUGGUCUAUGGCGGUGCUACUGCGACUGGCAUCAUGGCAAUUCAAAUGUUGAAGCGAUCAGGUUACGCACCCAUUGCAGUUUGCUCGCCCCAGUCUGCAUCUUUCUGUAUCAGUCUUGGUGCCAUCGGCACGGCGUCCUACACCUCGCCAACUUGCGCCCAGGACAUUAAGGCAAUUGCAGAUGGGCAGGGUAUCAAGUAUGCCAUUGACUGCAUUACCGAUCCAGAGUCUACGGCUGUAUGUCUAGCCUCCCUCGCACGCAUCGGCGCCCGCUAUGCUUGCCUUGAGGCGGUUCCCGAUGCCUGGCUUACUCGCCGAUCAGUCGCCGUCAAGGUCGUCAUGGGCUUUGAGGGUCAGAAUUUCGACGUCAAUCUCGAUCAUCCUGUCUACUCGCGCAAGGCGAACCCAGCCUUGCAUGCUGUUGCUGCCCAAUGGGCUGCUGAGUUACAGCCAUUGCUAAAUGCCGGACGCAUCAAGACCCAGCCGAUACAGGAAAUCAAAGGCCGAUUUGAAGCCGUCAUAAAAGCAUUGGAAAUGUUACGGGACGGGAAUGUCAAGGGCAGAAAGUUAGUAGUGACUGUUUCUUCGUAG